GUAGAAACCAUUUUGCAAAAUUUUCGUGGGAGUUGACCUUCCGGCAAAUAAACGCUGGAUAUAAUACAUAUGAGUAAUUAUAUCUUCAAAAGAUAUGAAUCAAACAAUAGAUUGGUAAUUGACAAUAGUAAGUGCACAUAUUUUACGGAUUAUGUAUCAGGAGACGCACUAGAAAACCAUUUACAAAUUACAAAAAUUUAGAGAUCGUAAGACGAUUACGAUAAACUGUGAAAUUGAAAAAAUUUAUGAACAGAUCACAUUAGUUCAGUUAUACGCAUCUGUUUGAAUUAUCUACGACGUAUCUUAGUUCUGGUCUCUCAAGGGCUGAGUGAUGGAGAGGUUGAAGCGGACGUUGAGCUUCAGGAAGAAGAAAACCAAAGUCCCAGAGUGUCAGAAGCCGCACCAAUGGCAGGAGGAUGAGAAGAAAGUUCGAGAUGGCACAUGCAGUUUCCAAGUCAGGUACUUGGGUUGCUUAGAGGUGUUUGAGUCCAGAGGGAUGCAUGUUUGUGAGGAGGCAGUCAAAGUACUCAAAGCUAGUUAUAAGGAACGGAAACGGAAAUCCUCCAAACUGAAGUUCUGGAAGGCUCCAAAUGAGCAAUGCAAAGGGAAAUAUCAGAGAGCUGUGUUGUAUGUGUCAGGGGAUGCCCUACGUGUAGUAGAUGAGAUCAGUAAGAAAUCAACUCAGGGUUUAAUAGUGGAUCAGACGAUAGAGAAGGUAUCAUUCUGUGCUCCAGACAGACAUCAUGAGAAAGGUUUUGCUUAUAUAUGUAGAGAUGGAACAACACGGCGCUGGUUAUGUCAUGGAUUUCUAGCUCUCAAGGAGUCGGGAGAACGACUCAGUCAUGCUGUCGGUUGUGCAUUCACGAUAUGUCUUGAGCGCAAACAGAAACGUGAGAAAGAAACAGUACAAGUGGAGUUUAACCAGAAAGGCACAACAUUCUCCAGGAUGGGAUCAUUCAGGGCGACCACCAUAACUGAGCGGAUAGCAGACCCACAAAGUGCUAUUAUUGCAGAGCCUGUCCCACAGACCCAAGUUGUUACUCCUUUUGCUGUUCAGCGGCCACAUGCCAAGGAAGACAUGUUAUUACGCCAAGGAUCAUUUAGAGGCUUCUCAAAACUCCAGGAUGCUUCAUCUCCAUUCAAACGUCAAAUGUCGUUAAGGCUUAAUGAGCUGCCAUCAAAUAUACAACGGCAACAAAAUUUUGUAGGACCAGUGAGCCCAAUAAAGGAAGAAGAAUCACCAAGAGAAAAUGGUCAUGAAGAUGUUGCCUGGGAACCAUUACCCAAUCAGAAUCCAGGCAGAGUGAGCCCUAUUCCAGAAGCCUCUCCUACUAAAGAGAAUGAGAAUCCUGAUGCUAUUGCUUCAAUGUGCCAGGAGCUGACUCAAGGUCUCAGUGCACUAAAUUCUGCAGACCCCUUUGCUAAGACCACUGCACCAUUGGCUAACAAUCAACACCAGCCUUCAUCACCUGCCAAUCAAGUAUUUACUGCGACAGUGCACCAAACGCCUACAAGAACAACACAGCAGAGCCCAGCUAUGCCCCAAGCUACACCUGUUGGAGCAUUUGGAGCCCAGCCUGUCAGACAGACCAACCCAUGGUCUACCCCUCCCCCUCCUGUAGCCAUGGCCCCCCAUACUCCACCCACACAGACAACACCACAGAAACAACAUGGUCAUCAAAGGAAACUUUCCGACGCAGAGUUCUGGUUAGAGACAGCACAACACACAGCAGCCCAAGCUGCCUCAUCUCCUGCUCCCGCCCAUGCCCCUGUCAACCACCCAGCAGGUGUCAAUGGUUCAGCCCUUACUCCCCAACAACAACAGUAUAUGGCUGCCCAGCAACAACAGCAACAGAGAGCAGUUGCUCCACCUAUUGGACAUAUCCGUAGUCAUUCCAUAGAUAGUGGAGAAUCAUACAGAAAACCCACUUUAAAAGAACUCUCAAGUAAAAGCACGUUCCAUGCUAACUUUCAGUCUGUUCAGAACGGAACAUCAUCGUCGGGAAUGACGACAGCUGCCUGGCCAGGAUCAUCGCGAUCCGCAACAGAUUCCUUUGACCCAUUUGAUGUAGCGUGGGCAGCUAAGGCUCAAGCCCAGAAAAAGGCAGAACCUGCUGCACCAAAUACAACAAUGGCUGGUCCAAAGCCAGCAUUUACAGUGCAGCUUUAACACAUAGAUACCUUAACACAGAUUUAUAAUUUUAUAUGGAAUAUUUUAGUCGGGUAAGGAAUCUAGCACGAAACAUUGAAGUGUG